CAACUACUACGCGGCGCCUGAUACUCGCGUUUUCAGGCGACGGGUCCUUCUGCUACGUGCCCAGGGACACGGUCUCGCCCAUGGAGAUCUCGACCUACUUCAGGAUUAACGACAAGGAGACGGGGCAGUUCGAGAGGACCCUGAUCGUCGCUGAGGAGAACAGCUUCGUUAGUUACCUGGAGGGGUGCACCGCCCCGCAGUACGACAGGAAUCAGCUGCACGCCGCGGUGGUCGAGCUGUGGUGCGCUGAGGGGGCGGAGAUCAAGUACUCGACCGUGCAGAACUGGUAUCAUGGGGAUGAGGAGGGGAAGGGGGGGAUAUUUAAUUUUGUCACGAAAAGAGGGAGGUGUUACGGGGCGAGGUCGAAGAUAUCGUGGACCCAAGUGGAGACGGGGUCAGCGAUUACUUGGAAAUACCCGAGUGUUGAGUUGAGAGGGGAUGAUUGUGUGGCGGUGACGAAGGAUUAUCAGCAGGCUGAUACCGGGACUAAGAUGAUCCAUGUGGGGAAGAACACGAGGAGUAAGAUUGUUUCCAAGGGGAUUUCGGCGGGGAAGUCGAGGAACUGUUAUAGGGGGCUUGUGCAGGUUGGGGCUCAGGCUGAGAAUGCGAGGAAUUUCUCGCAGUGUGAUUCGAUGCUUAUUGGGGAUACGGCGGGGGCGGCUAACACGUAUCCUUAUAUACAGGUUAAGAACCCCUCAGCUCGUGUAGAGCACGAGGCAACUACCUCAAAAAUCGGUGAGGACCAGCUCUUCUAUUUCCAACAGAGAGGAAUCGACCACGAGAAAGCUGUUACUGCUAUGAUUGGUGGGUUCUGUAGGGAUGUCUUCGAUAAGCUUCCCCUAGAGUUUGCGUCAGAGGUUAAUGCUUUGAUGAACAUUCAGCUUGAGGGGUCUGUGGGUUAAAUAAAUGAAGAUCCGUGCCUUAUUUAUGUUUAUAGGUUAUGUUUUAAUGUUCCCUAGUGUAAUUUGAAUAGUCUGAUGAAGUUUUUGAGUAUUGCGACGUUGCGUGUCCGUUGAGUAUUGUGAUGUUGUAUGUACAGGUGAAAAUUCUGUUAAAAUUUCAUAAGGAUGUAAGAAAUUGAUAAAGUGAAUGAUAUAACUACUCCAGUGCGUAGCUGAUGAUCAUCUCUCCAAAAUUUUGGGAUAAUGCCUUUUUGCUA